AUGGGUUCUGCUGCCUCCAAAUCAUCGUCUGCAAGAAACCUAGCGAAAACCGCAUCGACAACCAAUCACUUAAAACGCUCCAAAAUCGAUCCCCUUGGCCAAGUCCACAAACCACCACAGAAUGCCCCACCAACAACUAACCUCCACAGAAGAGCUAACGAUUCUAUCAGACCCCCAACUAACAAUAACAACGGCCCAUCGAACCACAGAGAAGCCCCUGAUACUUCCACCAAGGACGGCAUGGACCCCGACUACAACGCCAAAGCAAUGUCAUUAGGCACGGUCAAACUCACCGAGGAAAAGAUCAAACUUGACAAGAAUAACCUUGCAAUCCGGACAUUGAACAUCAGAAAACAAUUGCACAAGAUUGGCCAAGAUAGCAAGCUCCAAACCGAAAAUAAAACUUUGCUAGAUCCACGAACCAUCUCGGCGAUCCUAGGCGAUUUGGAUACCGGAGCCACCAGGGAGAAGGUGACCAAGACAUAUCGAUUACACCCUGAUUUCUUAGACCAGCUACGGGUAGGAGUGAUCAGAUUGGCCAAGACCAGAAGUUCUGGUCCAAGAACCAUUAAUGACUACGAUUUCCAGCAGAAUAAUAAACAUGGUCGACGCAAAGAGCCAAACCAACUUCAAAAACAGUUGGACCAGUUAUUGUCUUAA